UGCAGUAUCUGAUCCUAGUCUACACGAAAGAGUCUCCCAAAAUUCCCAAUUCUCAGGUCCUUACUUCCGGCGAGGCCAUUCAAGAUCAUCGUCGAUCCCAUUUCUGAAUUUCUAAUCAAUUUUGCGUAAUCAAUCCAUCGAUUCGAGGAAGAAGACAUGGAAGCAGCUGCAAUUCCAAUUCCAUUAACGUUCGGCGAUUUCCCGGAGGACGUGCAGCUCUGCGUGCUGUCGUUCCUCCGCCCCUCCGAUUUGGCGGUGUUCGCCUCCACCUGCAAGCGUUUCGUUUCCCUCUACCGCCACGACCAGCGCCUGUGGUUCUCCAUGUGCGAUCGACGCUGGGGUUCCAAAACCCUAAUCAACAAAUGGGGCGGGGGUAAGAUCUCCUACAAGCGCCUCUACCGUAUCCUCGACGAGUACGAGAAUCUAAUUGGAUUCUGGCGUCGCUGCGGUGACUCGGUGGCGUCGCCGCCGCCGCUGGUGUUCUUCGAAUGGGGACCGUCUUAUAUCUCUGGUUCGAGGAUUUCUCCGGCGAGAAAUCGCGGUUAUGAGGUGGUUAAAAAACCGUUUCUAUGGAUGAGCGUCGCGUCCGACGGACAGCCUGUGAGCUAUCUCGAUCCGGAUGGACGGUGUGCGUUGACGGAGGGGGAUUUGAUGGAUGAAUCGGGGAUAUUGGAGAGUGAAUUGAUUCAUGUAAACGUUUGUUUCAUAGGUGAAUGCCAUGUUGUUUUGGAAGAGAAUUUAGGGCUUCCUGGAUUCAGUAAGGCGCCGUUUUUGGGGAAUUCGAAAACCGAGGAGUAUGAAAAUGUGUACGGAUCUCCCCCCGACAGUUUGAUGACAGAAAUUUAUCAGUAUUUUGCGAACAGGACGAGCCCUGGGGGCAAUGGAGCUUCGAGGAGGCAGAGGCGGAGGGAGAAGGAGAAGCAGGGGAGGAUGAAGAGAUGGGAACCUGAGCAUUUUGUCAAAAUUGUGAAUUGCUCACCCAAACCCGGCCGCCCCUUGCAGGGCCUCUGGAAGGGUAUUUGUGACGACACGAGUUUGGACUUCUAUCUCGUGUCGUACGAUGAUGUUGGGGGUAUUGCUUGUCGAAAGGUUGGGGAUUCGAGCAGACCCCUUGCCUACAAUGCCCCCGUAUUUUGGACAUCAAGUUCAACUUUCAUCGAGUGCCCCUUCUCUGUGGAAGAGGAUCUCAUAUACAAAAGCCGGUUGCAUCUCAGGCCACCACCAGAAACCGAUCAUUCAUUGUCCACAAACGACGCAGUCACGCGAAUGCUCUACAUCAAUUCGAGCUACGACUUGGUUAUCCCCGGCGCCACUCUAGACCCUCAGCAGGUCGAGGGGAGAAUCUGGCAGUACCAGAAUGGGACAUUCGGUUUCGGGUUUCUGCGCGACAGUUACAUUAUAGACUUGAGGCGUAUUUCUGAAAAUGGUCGCCUUCUGGAUGCCGCUGCAGAAUCAAGCAAUGGCUGACUCUACCUGCAUUUAGGGUAACUAUAUACAAAACUAGAAUCGAACAAUUUCUUUUCUUGAAAUUCGUCGUGGUGUACAUAGACGCCGUUUAAUUUGAAAUCUGCAUUCUGCAU